AUGCCUAAACAACUUCUCGUAUUCAUAUUUAUUUUUACAUUUCUAGCGCCGGUGCUGUCUAUCUAUAAGUCGAAACAAAAACCUAAUUUGUUGUCGAAAACCGUGGAGAACAGUAUCACCUGUGAUUUUUCUAUUCAUAAGAAAGGACCUUAUGGGCAAGUUGUUUCAGGAGCUUCUCUAGACGAUGAAAUUUACUAUAAGAUAAAAUGCAAACCAAUUUCUGGAAAUUGUCUUCAAGUGGUUAACUGCACUUUGAGUUCCGAUGAACCAGGAUUCCAGCCAUAUCCGAUAAUUGAUGAUAUGGGUUGCAGUUUAGAAGAAUCUCUUUUUAAGAAUGUUCAGUAUCCAAACCACUUUGAGGCGGGAAUCUUCAAUCCCUUCCCAAUUCGGUUCCGUGCGUCGUCCGCCGCCGUCGUCUUAUUCUGUGUAACAACUGUGGUUCCAAUUGAACAUGGAAAGUGUACUCGCAGACACUGUCAAUGA